CGUUUAUUCCCUUCUUCUCGUUCUUUUACAUUUAAAGAAAAAUUCAGACGGAAAUGGUGACCAAUUUGAUAACCGCCUCUUACCUCUUUUUUUUUUGGGGUUUUUUUUCCCUCUUAAAAAAAUUGUUGCUUUUUCAGCAAACGCGCCAUUAAAACCACAGCCACGUGAUGUUUUCUUCUUCGCUUUGACUCACUGGAUCAUCGAUUAUCCCCGUGAAUUCAACAAUCUCGCGGAGAAUUUCUAGGGUCAUUGUGAAUUUUCGGGGAUAAUUCUGAUUUCGACGAUCGAUCGGCAAUUCGUCGGGAAUCGGUCACUGAUUGCGAGCGUCGCCGUAAUUCUACGGUUCUUAGUUGACUUUCGACCCAUUUCCGGUGGUGUUCUUCGCAGUUGAAGGUUUGGCAAGGUAUCAAGAAAUCGGAGGAUUAAGCCCAGAGGGAACAUCAUGGGCUCUGAUAAGCAUCCUGUUGGAUUAUUAGAUACCCUCAAAAUGGAGAGGGUCAGAACCAUUUUAACCCACACUUACCCUUAUCCGCAUGAGCAUUCUCGCCAUGCAAUUAUUGCUGUGAUUUUAGGUUGCCUAUUCUUUAUUUCAUCCGACAACAUGCAUACUCUCGUAGAAAAGUUAGACAACAACUUCAAGUGGUGGUCUAUGUAUGCUUGUUUGCUCGGCUUUUUCUAUUUCUUUUCAUCUCCAUUCAUCGGGAAGACUAUCAGACCGAGCUAUUCAAACUUCAGUCGGUGGUACAUUGCUUGGAUUUUAGUUGCAGCCUUGUACCAUCUUCCGAGUUUUCAGUCAAUGGGUUUAGAUUUGAGGAUGAAUUUGUCCUUGUUUUUAACUAUAUACAUAUCAUCCAUAGUCUUUCUUCUUGUCUUCCAUAUCAUUUUUCUUGGCCUCUGGUAUAUCGGUCUUGUUUCUCGGGUGGCUGGAAAACGCCCAGAGAUUUUAGCCAUUCUUCAGAAUUGUGCUGUUCUUAGCAUAGCAUGCUGUGUGUUUUACAGUCAUUGCGGUAACCGUGCUAUUUUGAGGCACAGACCUCUUGAAAUAAGGCACUCGAGCUGGUUUCCAUUCUGGAAAAGAGAAGACAAAUACAGUGCAUGGCUUGCGAAAUUCAUUCGUAUGAAUGAGCUGAAAGACCAAGUCUGCUCAUCGUGGUUUGCUCCGGUUGGAUCUGCAAGUGAUUAUCCACUGUUAUCCAAAUGGGUCAUUUAUGGGGAGUUGGCUUGCAAUGGGUCUUGUCCUGGUUCAUCUGAUGAAAUUUCUCCUAUCUACUCUUUGUGGGCAACAUUUAUCGGUCUUUACAUUGCUAAUUAUGUAGUGGAGAGAUCAACAGGGUGGGCUCUUACACACCCACUUUCCGUUGAUGAACAUGAGAAGCUGAAGAAGCAGCAGAUGAAACCUAAUUUUUUGGACAUGGUUCCUUGGUAUUCAGGAACAUCAGCUGAUUUGUUCAAAACUGUUUUUGACCUCCUGGUAUCAGUGACGGUUUUUGUCGGACGCUUUGACAUGCGAAUGAUGCAGGCUGCAAUGAGCAAGGGUCAUGCUGAAGCUGAGAAGAGGGAGCUUUUAUAUGAUCACUUAAGCGAAAAGGAAGAUCUUUGGUUUGACUUUAUGGCAGAUACUGGUGAUGGUGGAAACUCAUCAUAUGCCGUAGCAAAACUUCUUGCUCAGCCUUCUAUUAAAGUCUCGUCGGGUGAUGGGUUUUUAUCUCUUCCACGAGGUAACUUGCUGCUUAUUGGGGGAGAUCUUGCGUACCCCAACCCAUCAUCAUUCACCUAUGAAAACCGUCUCUUUUGCCCCUUUGAGUAUGCUCUUCAGCCUCCCCAUUGGUACAAAAAUGACUCUAUUGCUGUCAACAAGCCUGAGUUACCCAAUGGAAUAUCUGAUCUGAGGCAUUAUGCUGGCCCUCAAUGUUUUCUCAUCCCGGGAAACCAUGACUGGUUCGACGGACUCCAUACUUUCAUGAGGUACAUAUGUCACAAGAGUUGGUUGGGUGGCUGGUUAAUGCCCCAGAGGAAAAGUUAUUUUGCUCUGCAGCUGCCUAAAGGAUGGUGGGUAUUUGGUUUGGACCUAGCCCUUCAUGGUGAUAUUGAUGUCUACCAGUUCAAAUUCUUUUCUGAAUUAGUGAAAGACAAGGUUGGGGAGAAUGAUGCAGUGAUCAUUAUCACGCACGAACCAAACUGGCUGCUUGAUUGGUACUGGAAUGAUGUUACUGGGAAGAACGUGAGGCAUCUGAUAUGUGAUUUCUUGAAAGAAAGGUGUAAACUUAGAAUGGCAGGAGAUUUGCAUCACUAUAUGCGUCAUUCUUGUACUCAAUCAGAUAGACCUGUCCAUGUCCAGCAUCUUCUUGUUAACGGUUGUGGUGGUGCCUUUUUGCAUCCGACGCAUGUCUUCCGCAAUUUUUCAAAGUUUUACGGCUCUACCUAUGAAAGCAAGGCUGCCUAUCCUUCCGUUGAUGAUUCGAGCAAGAUUGCUUUGGGGAAUAUUUUGAAAUUUCGGAAAAAGAACUGGCAAUUUGAUUUCAUUGGUGGCAUUAUAUACUUCAUCUUGGUAUUUUCCUUGUUCCCUCAGUGUAAGCUAAGUCACAUCUUGCGUGAGGAUUCCUUUUCUGGUCACUUGGGAAGUUUCUUUGGCACGGUGUGGAGUACCUUUGUGUAUGUCAUCGAGCAAUCGUAUGUUUCAUUGGCCGGUGUCCUUAUGUUGCUGAUAACCGCCAUUACAUUUGUUCCCUCGAAAUUGUCUCGGAAGAAACGGGUGGUAAUUGGAAUUCUCCAUGUUUCUGCCCACCUGAUCUCAGCUUUGAUUCUUAUGUUGCUGCUGGAACUGGGCAUAGAGAUGUGUAUUCAGCAUAAUCUUCUCGCAACUUCCGGGUACCAUACUUUGUACCAGUGGUACCGGGCAGUGGAGAGCGAGCACUUUCCAGACCCGACAGGUCUUAGAGCUCGUAUCGAGCAAUGGACGUUUGGCUUGUAUCCAGCUUGCAUCAAGUAUCUUAUGUCAGCUUUUGAUGUUCCUGAGGUGAUGGCUGUGACACGGAGCAACAUCUGCAAACACGGGAUGGAGAAGCUUUCUAGGACAGGAGCUGCAAUCUAUUACGCAUCCGUUUUCCUCUACUUCUGGGUGUUCUCAACACCCGUGGUAUCGCUGGUGUUCGGAAGUUACUUGUACGUAUGCAUCAACUGGCUCCACAUUCACUUUGAUGAAGCCUUCUCCUCUCUCCGGAUAGCCAACUACAAGUCUUUCACCCGUUUCCACAUCAGACGUGAUGGAGACAUUGAAGUAUUCACCCUCGCAGUUGACAAGGUACCGAAGGAAUGGAAGCUGGAUAGAGAUUGGGAUUCAGAGCCGAAGCAGGCGGGGAAGAUGAGCCAUGAGAGAAUAUAUCCGAGCAAAUGGAGUGCAUCAACAGUGCAGCAAGACCCUGUCAACUCUGUUAAGAUUGUGGAUCGUUUUGUUAUUCGUAAAUCAAAUCAUGAGAUAGAAACCUGAGCUGAGGAUCAGUUCUUUGUACGAAGUAGAUAACCAUAGAUGUAUGCAUAGCUUUUAUUCCCAUAUAUUUACCCUCUUGGAGUAAAAAUAUGAAAUUAUAGGGAAACAUAGGGGGGAAAUGCCUCAAGAGCCUUUAGUCGGAGAGAGCUUCUUCAGUUUUCAAUAGGCGCUUUGUAUCGACUGGAAACAACACUCAAUCAGUGUUACUGGAUUUCUUAGUAAAGGUUGGUUCAAUUUCA